CCGAAAAGGGUUGGGAACAGUUAUAGUUGUGGGGUUUGUGUAACCAAAGUUGUUUUGCCAUGGCAGGAGGAUGACGUGGAGACUCAGUUUGGACAGGUCCACUGCACCAUGAAGGGGGUUCCCAAGGGCAGCCGCCCAGUCAUCAUGACCUUCCACGAUAUUGGACUGAACUACAAGUCGUGCUUCAACCCCCUGUUCAGCCACGAGGACAUGCAGGAGAUCAUGAGGCACUUUGCCGUGUGCCACGUUGAUGCCCCUGGGCAGCAUGAGGGUGCCUCCACUCUCUCCACUGAGUACACCUACCCCUCUAUGGACCAGCUCUCUGAGACUCUCCCUCAGGUCCUCAAGCACUUUCGGUUUAAGAGUGUCAUUGGACUGGGCAGCGGUGCUGGUGCCUACAUCCUCGCUAAAUUUGCUCUGAACCAUCCAGAUAAGGUUGAGGGACUUGUCCUCAUCAACAUCAAUGCACGUGCCGAGAGCGUGAUAGAUUCACUAACACACAAGAUGACUGGCUGGAUCCAAGCACUGCCUGAUCAUAUCCUAAACCACCUGUUUGGAAAGGAGGAGAUCCAGAACAACCCCGAUCUGAUCGCCACAUACCGCAACCACAUCACCAAUGAUGUCAACCAGUCCAACCUGGCCCAGUUCUUCAAGUCCUACCAGAGCCGCAGGGGCCUGGAGAUCGAGAGGCCUGUCCCAGGGGGAAACAUUAACGUCAGAACUCUGAUGUGCCCUGCUCUGUUGGUGGUGGGAGACAACUCCCCUGCAGUUGAGGCUGUGGUCGAGAGCAAUGCAAAGCUCAACCCAACACAGACCACACUGCUCAAGAUGGCUGACUGUGGAGGACUUCCCCAGGUGAGCCAGCCUGGCAAACUGACAGAGGCCUUCAAGUACUUCAUCCAGGGCAUGGGUUACAUGUCCUCAGCCAGCAUGACCAGACUGGUGAGGUCCCGCACCGCCUCAGGCUCCAGCAUCGCCUCCUGCGACAGCAGCAGGAGCCGCUCUCACACCAACGACAACCAGCCCGCCCGGGAGCACACCGACGUGUCCAUGGAGAAUGUCUCCAAAAGCACCGUAAAUCAGACCAUUGUCAUGUCCAGCAGCAAGACUGAGGACGCCUGCUAGUGCCCUGG